AUGGCCGUAACAGGGUUCUUCCACCACUUCGGCACCUUCCUGCUCUUCUCGGCUACAAUACUACUCAUCAUCACUUGCAUCUCUGCUCCUGUUGUCGACGAGAUUGCCCUGUUCAAAGUUGACCUCUCAGGCCAACCCCACUCAUCCGUGUACUUUGGCACAUUCGGCUGGUGCUGGAAAGAUGUGCUUGGACGAUUUAACUGCUCCCCGUCACAGCUGGGCUACUCCCCGGCCGAGGUGAUGCGGGUCGCCGACGGCGGGGCCACCGAGUUCUCGGACUACGCCGAGGACUCGACGCGGUCGCUGACGCGGGCCAUGAUCCUGCACCCCAUCGCGUGCGGGCUCAACUUCAUCGCCUUCAUGCUCGCCCUGGGCGCCGGCACGGUGGGCUCGCUGCUGGCCAGCCUGGUGGCGCUGCUCGCCUUCCUCGCGACGGCGGUUGCCACGAUUAUCGAUUUUGUCCUCUUCAGCGUCGUCCGGUCUAAUGUCAACGACAACGGCACGGGUGCUAGUGCAUACUACUCCUCGGCUGCCUGGACGCUGCUUGUUAGUGCCAUCUGCUCGCUGCUCGGGGCGAUAGUGGUGUUUUUCACUUGCUGCUCGGCGAGGCUGCACCGCAGGAGGACGGCUCCGGCUAAGGGAUAUUAG